UGAUUCCUAUUCUGCUGUCUUGAUUGCAAAUAUACUGCCAGUAGUAUGUCUGGGAACAAAGAGCAGCCAGAAAACAAUCUAUUUUUAUCACUUGGUUUUACUUUUAAGUUGCUAAACCAUUUGAACUCCUGCAAUUUAAAGAUGAACCAAACACUAAGAAUAGCCCAGGACUCUGCAAAGCCAGGUUGGUCUCCCUGGACUGAGGAGAAGGAGGUGCAAGGCCAAGACUGUUAAGACUCUCAAAAUGGUUUAUUACCCAGAGCUCUCUGUCUGGGUCAGUCAACCAUUUCCAAACAAGGAAAUGGAGGGAAGACUUCCCAAGGGAAGACUUCCUGUCCCGAAGGAAGUGAACCGCAAGAAGAAUGAGGAGACUGAGGCUGCCUCCCUGACUCCGCUUGGCAGCAAAGAACUCCACUCCCCAAGAAUCAGUUACCUCCACUCUUUUUAAUCGUUAACACCUCCAUUUGUAUUACAUAUGGUGUAUGGGUAUUGAUGAGGUCAUGGUAUCAUAUAUGGGAUUUUUUUCUGUGUAAAUCAUCAACUAUAAGAAGAAACUAUGGGACUCUGAGCCUUGCUUUAGAGAACUUCCAGUGGACAAAUAGGUGUCAUCAAACCAGUUUUUAAUCAUUCUGACUCAAGUGAAAACGCUCAGAAUUUCACACUGUGAAUCCACGUUUACAACCUUUACAGGUGGGCCUUCAGGCCUGGUUCGCUACGACAAUGUCUUCCACAACUCAAACUCUCACAGCUCUCACACAACCGGUCCACUCCUGCCUUUUCACUCACAUAGCUCCCGACUGCUUCUUGCAGAGGCUGAGAGUCCCCAUUUUUUUUUUCAUUUAGAUGUAACAAGCCUAGUAGUUUAUGUUCAUCAAUUGUCUGUAUAUCUCUAUAUUUUAUCCAUGUACUCUUUUGAUGUAUAGAAGUAGUUCGAAACUCAUUGUUUCCUUGUGGUAAGUGACCGAGAUGCUGCCACAGGACCUGAGACACUGAUGAAUGGUGCUAUUUUGGACUUUCAACAUGCUCCUUGGCGAGGUAGCUCUGAUGGAGUUAUUUUUUAUUUCCAUGUUCUAAGAAGGUGUUGGUACUCUGUUUCCCUGAAUGUCGUUCUCUAGACUGGAUUGACCUGUUUUCCUCGUGUCUUCCGUGUGGCUUUCUUCUUAAGCGUUGCAGGUUGAGCGAAUGCUACCAGAGAGCGCGAGGGGCCCACAUGUCAUUGGCUGGCCCUCGCGGACGCAAGUCGCUAGGGCGGGAGCAAUCACAAAACUGUAAUUUACUUACCAAAUCUCUUCCUUUUGGUAGCCUCGCCUGCCUGACUUAGAGAAAGAAAAGCAAUAAUUUGACAGGUGUUCUUAGGUGUCUUUUGGUUCUUUCUGUUGGAAGGGGGUAUUUGGGGAAGAGAGGGCAAACUCUUUUUUAAUGUGCCCUCUGAAAAAAAUCCAAAAAUCAGGCACCUGAGUAGAAAUCUGAAAAUGACACCCUCCCCAAAAAUUACGUAGGAAAACAAUGUUUUUACAAAAUAAGAAAAUAGAAAAAGGCAGAGCACUCUUUUUCGGCAGUUGUAACAAGCAAGGUGUAGAUUUUACAUUUUUGUCCUUGCUCCCAGUGAAAUGGAUAAACAAAAAAAAUCAGACAAUACCAUCUACUCAUGGAAUGUCGUUGUUAGCCAGUCUGAAAGCCCGCCUUAAUUUUUAUAUAACCGUCUUUCAGCUCUUCCUUUGGCAGGGCAGGCGCUGUUCUGAGCUCUUCUGCUUCUGACUGUUGAACACCGACGACGCAUGCGCUGCAUUUCUUCAUUCUCUUCUCACUCCCCCAUUGGCCUGAGUUGCUCGUGCAUCCCUUCCCUCCCUCCUUUGUUAGAGUAGGUAUACCAGCUGUGUAAAUAGAGCAAGAAAACAGUAUUCUGCAUCUGUGGCAUUUCUGUAGAGUUGCAGUUGUGUACUGCUGAAAACGCAGGCUUUUGUAACAAUGUGAUCUUUACUGAUGCACUCAAGACAAGUACCCAACGUAUUUUAGCUAUUUUAGUAGUAUUUGUUCAAUAAAUAUGCAAGCUGUAAGGUA